CCAGGCUUGUGGUCUCUACUGUACAUACAGAAUUCUGUGGUCAUUGUACAACCUGUUGCUCAGUUUCUACAGUGUGUGAAUAGCUGUUGUGUGUCUCAGAACCUCCUUGCAUAAGUCCCAGCAGCUCCACCUGAAACAGAAGAACACUAGCUGUUACAAGAAAGCCCUGGAUACACAGGUGGAGUACCAGGGGUCGGGCCUCCCAGCGCGCCUGCCCGACUCGGACGGCCCUGUGCUUGGCCAGCUGGACUGUACCCCUGCUGGGCUGUCAGAGCAGAGGCAGCGGGCGGAGAAGGUCUACCAGGAACAGCAGACCACGGCUAAUAACAAGAGAAAAGAGCUGCUCCUUCACCGCAGCACCAAACAGAAGAACGAGAGAGAGAUGAUCAAUAGGAACAGGAAGGAACUGAUAAAUGACCACAUCAACCGCUUUGAGAAGCUGCGUAACCUGCGGGCCUCGUUGGAGGACACCUGGAGACGCAGCGCCGACCUGAAACGCCACCGAGACAGAGAGGAGAAGGAAUUCAUCAGGUCUGGGAGCAGGCUGCUGAUUGACCAGUGUGAGCAGUACCGCCGCUGUUACCAGUGCAAGAGGAAGACAGAGAACUGUGGAGAGACAAACAUCUGGAAAGAGUCUCACUACAUCCCUGGCUCUCGCCUCAUGGUGUAGACCGCUGAAACCUGGUCUCAGAGCAAACGUAUUCAUGCCACUCCAUUUAGUAUGAUAUGUUACUUUACAUUAGAUUACAUUACAUUGGCUUACCAACGUAAUAGCGGUCGUACAAUAUAAUACGAAUUGUAAGACGUAUUUUACGUCUUGAUCGCACCAGUAUCCUUUGACCCGUUUAGUAUGAUAUAUCACACUCAAAUACUUUAGUAUGGUAUAUCACACUCCACUGCUUUAGUAUGGUAUAUCACACUCCACUGCUUUAGUAUGAUAUAUCACACUCCACUGCUUUAGUAUAAUAUAUCACACUCCACUGCUUUAGUAUAAUAUAUCACACUCCACUACUUUAGUAUAAUAUAUCACACUCAACUGCUUUAGUAUGAUAUAUCACACUCAACUGCUUUAGUAUGAUAUAUCACACUCCACUGCUUUAGUAUGAUAUAUCACACUCAACUGCUUUAGUAUGAUAUAUCACACUCCACUGCUUUAGUAUAAUAUAUCACACUCCACUGCUUUAGUAUGAUAUAUCACACUCAACUGCUUUAGUAUGAUAUAUCACACUCAACUGCUUUAGUAUGAUAUAUCACACUCAACUGCUUUAGUAUGAUAUAUCACACUCCACUGCUUUAGUAUGAUAUAUCACACUCAACUGCUUUAGUAUGAUAUGCUACAUUAGGUUAGGAGUUAAGGUUAGGAGUUAGA